CUGCAGUGGAUUAGUCACCUGGUUUAUUUAAGGCAGAGAGAGGGUGCAGACGCAUCAGUGCAAAACUGCUUAUUUGUACAUAGAGUACAUAGUUAAUGAGAGACUGGGUUGCUUAGUCAGUUAGUCAGUGUGUGUGACUUAGGUCCUAAGUCAUUGUCAGCAUGCAGAGCAACAUCUACAGGCAGCAGAAUGAGCACUUUGAAGUCUUUACCACUGUCCUCUCCCCACAAGUUCACCGGGGACGAUGCCAAUUCAGACAGGCAGAGGCUGACAAGAUGGUGGUAAAGCGCAGCUACAAGCCCCACUGGCCAGAUGAGCUGGCGCUGACCCGGGGUGAGUUCAUCCUGGUUCUGUUUAAAGAUGAUGAGGCCCGGUGGUUUGGGCGGCUGCAAAAUGGACAGCAGGGAUACUUCCCGGCCUCACAUGUCAUGGAGCUGAGCCACCAGGACGAUGAGCCAGCCAAAGAUGUCCACCGCUUAGCGAGACGGGGUUCAGCUCCGGCCACGUAUGCAGGUGGUACUGGCGCACUCAGGCUGCAGGCCCUACGCAGAGCCAGCAGAGCAGCGGCAGGAGGGGGGCCGGAGGGGGCCGGGGGGGCCGAGGGGGAGAGAGAGGGCCCCAUCCUGAUACUGAAGUCCCAGAUCUCUCUUCCUAACAGGCUGCCCCAGCCCCAGCCCCAACCCCAGCCCCAGCCACGACCCCAGCCACAGGCACACAGCUCCCCAAGCUUCUUCCACAGGAUCCUAUCCAAGCACCGUCGGAGGAGUGAGUGUCAUGGGUCCAGCAACACGGGCUACAUGGCCGACUAAGAUGCUGCGAUGGACGGUGGUGUGUGUGGGGAGAGAAACAGGCACAAGAGGGGAAAGGAGGGAGGAGAGAGGAGGAGAUUGGGUAUAGCGGUGGGAUAUUUUUGAAAAGUGACUACAUUUAGUGCCCACCCCCAAUAGGGCCAGGUAGGGUUGCCAUAGUUACAUCACUGACGCUAGUCUAUGGCUGAACUGCUGGCUGCAUCAUUGAAGAGCUGGAGUGAGGGUAACUACUUCCCUGCCUCCUCUGUAAAGUGUUCAAGAAAUAUCAAUGGUGUACUGUAUAUACAUUUUCCGGGAUUAACAUGUGACAUUAAGCAAGCCGUAAAUUGAGGGGUUGAAUAGGGGGGGAAAGUAUUUCAUUAAUAGUCAAAGAGGGAUCAGAUUUAUGGCUAUAUUUUAUGAAGCUAACUGUGUUUACUUCAGCCAAAUAAUGUUCCAUGAGUCUGCCUGAGCUUUCUGUUCCAUGUUGUCAUCCAUAUUAGGCUGUAUUCUCUGCAACUACGACAUUCCAGAGCAGCACUAAAUCAUUGAUAUAUUUCCUUUUGACUAUAAAUUGUUCAAUUUAAUUUGUGUAAAACCCAACAUCAGCCAAGAAUGUAUUUUUCAUAAAAAUAAUCAAACCCGUA